CGUCGCGCGUCCUCGCCGCCGGUCCCCACGCUCCGGGGCCGCUUCCGAGCCGCGCCCGCCCGACGGCCGCCGCCUUUGUCCCGCCCCGCGCCUCCGCAAGCCCACGCCCGCGGCGCGCGCCCAGGACCAUGUGCCGCCGCCCCGUCGGCCGCGCCGAGCACGCGGAGGCGCCCCCGGGCUCUCGCGCCCCGGCCUCCGGGAGUGAGUGGCGCCUCCUGGCUGCCGGCGCCAACGCCGCUCCCGCCGCUCCCGCCGCUCCCGCCGCUCCCGCCGCCGCUUUGUCUCAGGCGCCCGGGCACGCCCGGCCCGCUCGCGCGCUCCCCGACGCCGGUGCCCCAGAGGCCUCCGCCCGGCCGGCCAAUCGGCGCACCGCGCCUGCGCCCGCCCCCGCUCCGCCGCCGCGCCCGCGGAUUGGCCGCCGGACCGGCCACGUGACCCGACGCCGCACGCCGCCCCGCCCCCGUCACGUGGGCGCGCGCGCGCGCGCGGCGUUUCCGGCCCGCCGCGCCGCUCCGCCAUUUAAAGGCACAGUACCGGGGGCGGGCCGAGCGACGCAGCCGGGCCGGGAGCGGCGGCGCGGACCGGAGCGGCCAUCUUUUCUCGGCGCCGGGGAGUCAGGCCCCUCACCCGGAGAAGCCCUGGCGCGCCCUCCCCCCGUCCCCGCUCUGGUAGGGCGCCGCAGCGGGCGCGCGGGCGAUCGAGCGAUCGGCUGGCGGCUGUUCCUCCUGCUCUGGCAUCCGGCGCUGGGGGCGCAGGCCCGGCCCCGCCGCGCGCCCGGGGCCCGCUGGCGCUCGCGCCGCGUCUUCCUGCUGGUGCGCCGGACGCGGGCGGCGGCCUAUGCGUUCGCCGUCCGGCGCGGCGUCGUGCGGGUGGUGGGCGGCGGCGGGGGGCUGCGGCCGGCGGGCGCGGGCGCGGGGGCGGCGGGCGCGGCGGAGGGCGCGGGCGGCUGGCUGGUGGUGGGCUUCCUGCUCUGCCUGUUCCUGCUCAUGCCGCCCUAGGCGCCCGCCCGGCCCCGCCCGGCCCCGCCCGGCCCCGCGCCCGGCCCUCCGCUCGCCUCCCCGUGAGCCCUGAGCGGCGCGGCGCGGCCCCGGCCUGAGACUCGAACCCGCGGCCCGGCCCCUCGGAGCGCCGCGCCCCGCCGGUGUCGCCCGAGAGCGCGAGACGGGGCCUCACGCACGUGGACUGCGGGCGCGACGCCUGAGGAGGUGAGGCGCUGCCGCUCGCGCACUGCCGGCCGCGGAGGACGCACUGCCCGCCCGGCGGGGCCUCUCGGGGCAGCGGCUCGAGCCCGGCGGACGCGGACACGGACACGGAGACGCCCGGUGCUGACGUGUUGCCCCCGUGCCUUCCAGCCCCGCGCCCGCCCGCCCGCCCGCCGGGUGUUGCCCGAGCUGCCCCGCCGCCUACUACUGACGCCGCCCGGGGACCACUGUGACCCAGAGGCGCCCGCCGCCCGCCCGCCCCGCCGACGUGGCCUUCGUCUCCGCCCGGCCCGGCCGGCACCACCUUCCCGGCAGGCGACGGCGACGGCGACCUGAAGCCAAAUAGCCCACGGCGUCUGUCUUGUCUUGUCUUGUCCUGUCCUGUCGCCGCCGGGGCCCAGCGCGUCCCGCGGACUCACGGUUCGUCGCUGUAAAGGCUGGAGCCUCAGAGACCGGGAAACGGACCGGCGCGGGCCCACAAGCCGUCCCCGAGUCUAGCCGAUGCCGCGUCCACACACAGGCCCUGUUCCUCCUCUUCGGUAUCUAGUAGCCUAAAGGGAAAGCAAACGACCUGACCAUUGCGACUCACACAGUGACAGCAAAUGCAUAGCCUCUUUGGGAUUACUCAGGAACCAGGACUUUUCACACAAGUGUGAGAGAUUCUACCAAGGCGUUCUGUAACCUAGCAGCAUCUCACAAAGCUCCAAUCCGAUUCCAGAAAAGACCUCUUGCUCUGUCCAGGUAGAACCUAUAUGGCUCACAUCCAGUUCAAACGCUAAGGAUUUAUUUCAGACGUGAACAUGAACCUCAAUCUGUAAUGUGGCCCACAUCAGGGAGGGUUGGAUGAAAGUACUUUGGCUUAUCACAGACUGUGCUCUCAGUUUCUGGUUUCUGUCACCUAUUUUUUGUAUUUCAGCAUUUUGUGAACAACUUAUUCUUAGAUCGUUGCUUUCCUAAAUGCCUUGUGGCCAUGAAGCCUAUUGAGUGAAAAUUACGGAAUCAGAGUAAACUGAGGCUGCUCAGCAUGAAGCAAGAAGGGGAGGCCAGAAACCUGACGCAAGUAUCCAUCCACCACAAGGACAUCUAAAGACACUUGUUUACAGUGUCAAGAAUUCUGUAGAGCACAGUUUGAAAAUCACUGCCCUUUAGACAAUAAUAUGUUUGACCUGGUGACAUUCUGACCUGUACCGCUACCCAACACAACCCAUGCUCAUUUGAUGCUGAGCAUUCUUAGGGAUACAGUCUAUAUGCAAAUCCAGAACAGCGCAAGAUGGGCAUACAUAUGCCCCUUGGAGUAAUUACAUGGACUGAAAGUGGCAUCAAGUGAACCUAGAUUAUUGGCUUUUGGUGAUUCUUGGAAGUGGAUAUAGCCAUUGGGCAGUUUGUUUAUAUUCUACAUUGACAAGCCCUCUUGAUCAACUUCUCUCUCAAACUUCAGAACCCCUAGUGGUACUUGAAAUCCAUGACUUUGCAAUCUUGAUCCUCCUUGCUACCUGAGUCGCCAAGUCUUGAAGCUGAUAACUCAUUGAGGCUGUAUUAGAUCAACUUGUUCAUGGAUCCUCUUACCAUCAGCUCUGGUGUGCUUCUUCAAGUACAGGGAUAAUUAUUACCUAUGAAAACAACUCAAAACGCUGGCAACCUUGUGUAAAAGGACUUACAUCUUGCUUUCAAACUACAAGUCCCUGGGAUUCAGUGAACGGCAGUUCCUUGACAUUUAUUCAGUUCACCUGCCAUCUCCAGGGCAAAUUAAUGAGUAACCUAGAAGAAAGAAAAAAGGCUAAAACAAUUCCUCCAGCAUCACCCUACCUGCCUAUUCUGCUCCAAAGUCCUGAUCUCAUUACAUGUAACAAAAGAAAAUUUUGAACAUGCUUGCUUACAUAUGAUUUAAAGCGUGUCACUGUGGAAGUUUUUCUUCUGGCCAGUGAGAGUUGUUCUUUUAAUAUGGAUCUCUGAUGUCUGGUGCCAUUAACUGUAGGUGUGAGGAAUAUCUGGAGCCUUAAUAGGCUGUGAUCAGUCGCUUGUCCAAGUAGCUCAAAUUGCAUCAUAUCAUUUGCCUUUUUUUGUGGAAAUACACACUAAUUUGCAAAGCAUCUACAGAGCCUGCAGCUAAGUGUUAAUCACUAGUCUCAAGAGCUUUCUGCUACUUCUUAAUGUCACAAGUUCACAGUACCUGGUCCUUGUGUGUUUACAGGCUCUCAUCUGUCCCAUUACUGUCCCUUUACAUUGGUUCUGAGUGACUCACUUCAUUCCUUUCCGUGAGACAGCUUCCCAGUUUCUCAAGGAAGGUUUUGGUUCAUCCACUCUCAAACCAGAUUACGUCAAACAAGUAGACGUCAAUUAGUGUCAUGAGAAAAUCUCAUUUCUCAACAGUCAACUUACACGCCACUUGUCCUCAGCUACUUUAAUGAAUACUCUGGUUAUUUUUCCUCUUAACCUCUACAACUAAUUAUGAUUCCAUGACUCAGUCCGCAAACUGUGGUUACUCUAGAUAAAAGUGAAAAUAAAGUAUGGAUGGCUAGCCUACUUGUAUAUACAACUUAUUUGUAAAGAAGAGAGUAUCUAUAAAUUCAGUGUUUCUACUAUCUUCAAAAUGUUAGCUUGAUGUUCUGUGCUUUAGAAAAAAAGACUGAUGUAUACUGCCAACAUCCCUUUUAAUGUUGUCGGACUUAAGGAGAGUAUAUGAUAGGAAUGAUGGUUGGCAAGCAAAAAGUCUUAAAACUCAAGCCUAGUUCUUACUAUUACCAGGCCUCAGAAUCCAUCUAAGGAUUUCAGCAGCACCAUUCCUCCAGCCAGAGACUUUGACUUUAUAAGACGAUUCUUAGAGGCUGAGCUACAGAAGAUGAAGACUUGAUUACCAAAGAGCAUAGGGCAAACCUUGAUGAAGCUGGCUGUCCCGGCACUUUCACUCCCAGGUGUAGCUGAGAACCUUGAGUGCAGGCUGAGGAGAUCACCUUCCUCUGAGCUGAAAGUUCUUGGGCAGCUGGAGCAGGAAAUAAACCCUACUGUACCUGAUUGGCCUUUAAUAGGAAGUUGGAUCUGCAGAAACACGGAUUAUGCCCUGGACUGUGCAUAAUCCAUGGAAAGUAAUUUGCAGCUUUGGUGUUAACCUGCCUGACCAUCCAGAUCCUAUCCCGACUAUACUGAAAGGACCCUACUCACUUCUACCUGCCACAGCCCCUUGCCUGCCUUUUUUGACCUGUUCUACAAUCAGGUUGACUGCCUUGAGAAGACUACAGCUGAUCUCAGCAUUUUAAUAGCCUACCCUGCUGAGAAGUGUUGAACAAAAGCAGCCUGCACCCUGCACCCUGCACUGAGACAGUGUUCACAGCAGCAAGGGCUGUGACCAGCUCCUGACCAGCAGCCCUUGACUCAAAUGCAGAAUAAGCCUCUCUGCUUAUCUCAGACCAUUCUAGCACCUGGGGCCCUGUCACAAGAUCUAAAGAAGUACAGUAGCUCAGCAGUGCUGUCUCUUCUUCUCUUCUGCUAUGUCUGAUUUGUCAGUUCUCACAGAAACAGCAGUGAGGUUGGCAAAAGGCAAAGAGCACAGAAGGUUUUCCAUUGAACUUCAAGGUGACUGCUGACUUUUGAAUAGCCUCACAGAAGUAUUUACCGAUGGGAGGCCAGCUGCCCUGCUUGAGCAAGACAGUUGUGCUCUCAGACUCAUGGCCGCUCAGUUUACUCACAUCAAAACUAUUGUAACAGCCAAAGUAUUCUGUUGGAUGUGGUUAUUUCAUCCCAGUGGAUAACAGGACUGGACAGACGUAGUCUUCAUGAUGCUUUGUUGUUUUUCCCAGAAAAUACUUUUAGCAUUAAGGAAGUAACUGUGUUGGCUUUUAACCACUCAACUCUAAAGAGAGAUUAAGCUUUUUUUUUUUUUUCUUCAAUAUUUGGUCUUCUCAUUGACAUUAGUUUAGUUUUGUUUGUUCCUUUUAUGUCCAUUCCAUCUUCUUGUAACAACUCCCUGAUCUUUCUCAGAACCACUUCACCCUGUCUCCAGUCCAUGUUCAGACAAUCUGACCCAACUGUGGGCUCCAUGGGUGGACAUGUGAUUCAGCAUAGUCUAUCCCCUUAAUAGUAAUUCUUGGUUCAGGAAUAGUCAUGUGAUUCAAGAUAAUCCUGUGAUAGAUACUCAGCCCAAAAAAUUUUACUAAACUAGGCAAAGUGAAGCGCAGCCCUCCCCCCACCACACACAUACACACCGAAUUUGCUAAAAUUUAUAGAAUGAAAAUCUCAGACGAACAGGGCUUACCAUGUUGAAUUAGCCAGUCACAGAAGUUAGCUAAGAACUUAGAGGAGAGUAAAGCCAAAUGACAGAAACAUUUCACUCUUGAAGAGAAAACUCUGUGUCCCUGGAUCCAGCCGUGCCUGAAGCUAAUAUAUCCCCUGGACUUUUUAGUUACGUGAACCAAUAAAUACUUUUUUUGCUUAAA